AUGCCCCGGGACGCCGGCCUCCUGCCGCAGCACAGCCAGGACCUGCUGCGCGCUGCGCGCUCCGGUCGCCUCUACAAGCGGCCGGCGCCCGUCGAAGAAGAGGAGGUCGAUCCCGAGGCCCCUGUCGAGAAGCCCGAGAAGAAGGAGGAGGAGGAGGAGGCCGUCAAGGGCUUCCACAUCAAGAUCUGGAGGCAGGUCCACCGCAACGCCGAGGGCGCCACUGUCUCCCAUCUCGCCAAGCGGAGGAAAGGCACCGUCACCAUUGCAUCCAAGACAGUCACCACGCCUGCCGUGGGCGCGACAGUCACCAAGGCCACGGUGCGCAAGGUCGACGCAGCCGGCAACGCGUACACCCAGGAAAUCACCCUCCAGGAUGGCCAGCAGGUCGAGGGCGAAAUCAUCUCCACUACGGUUGUGCCCGCUGCCGUUGCCGCACCGCAGGCCCAGGCCACGCCUCCGCGCAACCGUCGGCCGCCACCGCCAAAGAAGAAUAAGAAACUCGGAGGCCCUGGCCGCGGGCGCAAGAAGAAGAUGCUGCCGCUGCCGGCACCAGUACCCGGGCAAGAAGGAGCCGUGGGCGCGACUAUUCCCACGCCGGCAGUCCCGGGUGUCGAGGGCGCAACGGACCAGCGCGAAGGUUCCAACAAUGCAGACAGCGAGAUGGCUGAUAACGAUAAUGACGACGACGAAGGGGAUGAUGAUGGAGAGGAUGGCGAGGACGGCGAAGACGGCGAGGACCAGGACCAGGAAAUGACCGACGCAUCCCCCUCGGCGCCUCCCGCGUCAGCCGAUACUACCAUGGACAUGGGCGAUGCUGAGUCGCCAUCUACGAGCCGCCAACUGCCGCUGCCCAGCCAGCUCUUGGCGCCGCCCCUCAACCUGUCGCUGUCGACGUCUCCCAAGCUCGAAGGAAGCCCGCUGAAGAACGUUGUUAUGCCAUCUCCAACAGUGGCCUCACCUCAGGCGACGUCGCCACCGGCGGAGAAGCCUGAGCCGGCAGAAAUGACAGCCUCUGAGCCAGAGAGGCCCAAGGUUCCCGAAGACGCCACGGAAGCAGCUGAAAAAGUGUCGGAACAUGUUGCCACCCAAGACACGCAAGCGAGCGCGCCGGAAACCAAGGCAGAAACAACAUGUGAGCCUGCUAAGGAGGCUACGCCGGUUUCCACGUCAGAGCCCGCUGUCGAGCCUUCUCCAGAAAAUCCAACAGCACCCGCGCCAGAAAUUGCGCCAGAACUCGCGCCAGAGCCCGCACCAGAGCCUGUGCCAGAGUCUGUGCCCGAGCCCGCAUCACAGCCUGCAAAUGAAACAUCGCCCGAAGCUGGUGCAGACAACGAGAAGGAAGCAACCUCCGGAUCGACCAAGUCCCCUUCUGAAGAUGCUUUAGUUGCAUCUCAGGCACCGAUCGAGGGCCAGGCUGAGGUGGAGAUGACACAGGCAUCCACUUUCAUUCCACCGCCAGAACGUGUGGGAGAUAUUGUAUCUCCGGAACUGAGUCCUGAUGUACCCAUGCAAGACGCGGAGGACGCAGACGAGGCUGUGACACGGCCGGUCACAGAGGUUGCAGAGCCAGCCUCAGUAGCCAAGCCAACGGAAGUCGUAACCACCGAGGUGACCAUUACCGACAGUGUUACAGAGCCCGUGAUGGACGAAGUAACCGACGUCAAGCCCGUAGAGCAAGUCACGCCAGUCGAAGAAGUGACUGAGACGAAGGACGAGGGCGCAAGUGCCGAGGCGCCCAAGCUGGAAGAAGUCCCCGCGACAGAGUCUCUCGAACCCGUUGCGGAGCCAACUCCGGUAGCCGAAUUCAUUGCCCAACCAGUCGUGGUCGAAUUGACUCCUCCCGCAGCAGCUGUGAGAAGCCCGACACCACCUGCGCCUGCGGCACCUAAGCAGCCCUCACCUGAGGACGAUGGCCCAGAUCUGUUAGCCGGACUGGAGACGGCAUUGGAUCGGCCAAGGCCGAGGCCCAGAAAGCGCCGGAGCCCGCCGUUGUCGAAGCUGCCUCUGCACCGACAGAAGAGAAAGAGGUACAGCCGGAACCCGCGAGCGAGGAUACUGCGAAUUCGGAAACCGCCGUCUCGGCGCCAGAGGAGAAGUCCCAAGAUCCCUAGAGGGGAGAUGCGUGCUUAG